GUAGCUUUGGGAUAGGCCAUAAUAAUCAUCCAACAAGGCGUUGAGCCACUAUGGGGGAAAUACCUAACUGAACCGAGAAUAAACCCACAUUCGGUUUGCUUUUUGGGAAGAAAAAAACCACCAGAAUAACACCGGAAACUCAUUUCAAGUGGAAAUGAUUACAUAUUGUGGCUUUAAUGCGGACGUUGACGUCGAAGCGUGCGUAAUGAGCAGAGUUGGGAAAAGAAGGUGUUGAGCUGCAUUUUUUUUUCUCUUUUUCUGCCUGAGACAAGUUGGAUGGAAGAACUAAAUAAGGCAUGGCAGCCCAGGGCUCUGAGGAUUCUGCAGGGGAUCUGCGCCUGACCCAUAGCUGAGGACUGAAAGGAACACGUGGUCUGAGCAGAAUGACUCAGCAAGAGGGGGGACCCCCAAAUAGGAAGUGAAGAGACGUUAGGAUGGGUGCCAAUGGAUCCAGCUAUCCGCACUCAUGCUCCCCACGCAUUGGGGGAAAUGCGCAGGCACAACAGACUUUUAUAGGGACUUCCUCCUACUCUCAUCAUGUAUAUGGCUGGGAGACAAAGCUGUAUAGCCUUGAGCAUGGCCACGAACGGCCUGCAGACAGGAAGAAGAAGAGUCUUGGUCUGGCAACUCUUAAAAGAAGGUUCAUCAAGAGGAGGAAGUCCAGCCGCUCAGCUGAUCAUGCUCGACAAAUGCGGGAGCUUUUGUCUGGCUGGGACGUCCGCGACACCAACGCCUUGGUGGAAGAGUAUGAGGGAACGGCGGCCCUCAAGGAGUUGAGCUUCCAGGCAAGCCUGGCUCGUGCUGAUGCUCCCAGCCUGCAGCGUGAUCUGGCCGCCCUUUACCAGCACAAAUACUGCACUGAUGUAGACCUUAUCUUCCAAGGAACAUGUUUCCCUGCUCACCGGGCGAUCCUGGCUGCCCGCUGCCCGUUUUUCAAGACCUUGCUGUCGUCCUCCCCAGGUUAUGGAGCGGAAGUCCUCAUGGAUGUUGACACAGCUGGGAUAGAUGUGCCCAUGUUUUCUGCCCUGCUCCAGUAUUUGUACACUGGGGAGUUCGGUGUGGGCGGAUCGGAGGAUACUAGACUCCAGAACGUGGAUGUACUUGUUCAAUUAAGCGAAGAAUUUGGUACACCUAACUCAUUGGAGGCAGAUAUGAAAGGCUUGUUUGACUACAUGUGCUACUAUGAUGCUCUGCUGAGCUUCUCCUCAGACUCAGAGAUGAUUGAAAGCUGUAAUGAAAGAGGCGCUGUAGCUUCAGCCCCAGCAGGGGGCUCGGGAGUUGCCGCUGGCCCGGGGGUCCCAGGGACCCCAGAAGAAGAUCUCAGGGCACACAAAGCUAUCCUCUCCGCACGGUCCCCUUUCUUUAGAAAUCUUUUGCAGAGACGCAUUCGUACAGGAGAGGAAAUGACAGAGCGCACCCUGCAGACUCCGACUCGAAUCGUGCUGGAUGAGUCCAUCAUUCCACGGAAGUACGUGCAGGUCAUUCUCCACUGCAUGUACACAGAUGUGGUGGAGCUGGGGCUGGUGUUACGCGGCAGCCCUUCAGCCGGUAGCCUGGGCGAGGUGCAAGCCCUCGUUUCAGGGGGCCGUGGAGCCAGCACACGUACGGAGGAGGCUAUGGAGCUAUAUCACAUUGCCCUGUUUUUGGAAUUCAGCAUGUUGGCUCAAGGUUGUGAAGACAUCAUUGUGGAAAGUUUGUCCUUGGAGACUUUGGUACCCAUCCUGAAGUGGAGCUCCCAGCCCUAUGGUUCCAAGUGGAUCCACAGGCAGGCCAUGCACUUCCUGUGCGAGGAGUUCAGUCAGGUUGUCAGCUCUGAUGUUCUUUAUGAGCUUGGCAAAGAACACCUUCUGAGCGCAAUUCAGUCUGACUACCUACAGGCGAGUGAACAAGAUAUUCUCAAGUAUGUUGUUAAGUGGGGGGAGCAGCAGCUUAUUAAGAGGAUGGCAGACAGGGAGCCAAACCUGUUGAGCGGCACAGCCCAUAGCGUCAACAAGCGAGGAGUGAAAAGAAGAGACCUGGAUGUGGAGGAGCUGAAGGAGAUCCUGUCCCCCCUCUUGCCUUUCAUCCGAACUGAGCACAUCCUGCCUCCCAACAGUGACGUCCUCGCAGAUGCGCUCAAGAGGGGUUUAAUAAGCACCCCACCUCUAGACAUGCUGCCCACAGCUGAGGGAGGGAAAGCCAAUGCCUGGUUAAGGCAAAAGAACGCCGGCAUCUAUGUGCGUCCUCGCCUCUUCUCUCCAUACGUGGAAGAAGCCAAGUCGGUGCUCGAUGAAAUGAUGGUGGAGCAGACUGACCUGGUGCGUUUGCGACUCGUGCGCAUGUCUAAUGUCCCAGACACGCUGUACAUGGUCAACAAUGCUGUGCCUCAGUGCUGUCACAUGAUCAACCACCAGCAAAUGGCAGGCAACUCAAGCACAGCCCCAUCCGUUGUGGCUAAUGAAAUUCCAGUGCCACCUCUGUCUGUCGUAAAGGAUAUGAUCCGUAGGCUGCAUGAACUGCGUCACACUGAGCAGGUCCAGAGGGCUUACGCCCUGAACUGUGGUGAAGGAGCCACAGUCAGCUAUGAGCUUCAACUGCGGGUGCUGAGAGAGUUUGGUUUGGCAGAUGGAGCCACCGAGCUGCUGCAGAACCCAUAUAAGUUCUUCCCGGACGAACGGUUUGGAGACGAGAGUCCAAUUCUGGCCCUGCGCCAGGUGGGUCGUUGUCGUGUAAACAGCAGUCCGGCCAUGGAUAGCAUGUUCACAGACAUGGAAGGCGUAGCAGGCUUUCACCCUCCCCUGCCUCCCCCACCUCCUCCUUACCACCCUCCAACCACACCCAGUCACCCCCAUCUCAAGAGUGCUUGGCGCCCCCGUGUUCCCUUGCCAACCCCCACCCGCUCCUUCUCCUAUCCCUGCAACCGCACUCUGAUCCAGCGCCAUGCGGCCAGCAAGCAUGGCAGCUCGGAGUACUCCUCUGUGCCCAGGCCCCAGCCCCCAGACUGCACCAACCCACAGGCUAUGGGUCGAACUUUGCUUUCAGACCAGCAGCCGAUGAGCUUGGAGCCCGUCAUGAGGGAGUUCAUGCCUGACAUCGCACUAGGCGUCUCAGUUAUGACCCUGAGAGAGCAGCACAUGGCAGAAAUGGACAGAGAAGGCCCUCACAGCCCCAUAGGCUCCAAAGGCCACCUACUGCCCCAUGGGCCAUGCCCAUCUGCCCACCUCGCUCACAAUCACGGCCCUGGGCAUGGCCACUCCUGCAAGAGACACGCCCCCGAACCCAAGCUGGAGGCUCAAGCAGAGUUUCCUGAUCUGUAUGACUUCUCUUGUCGACCUGCAACCCCGACCUCCUCUCACCCCCUGCCCUCUUACGCAGGACCAGACCUGUACAGCCACAGCUGCAACCCAUCCACGUCUUAUCACCCCAAUUAUGUUUCUGACCCUCAGUCCGGGGGCCACAUGCAGGGGCGAACAGCACAAGACCCACUACGACUGGAUGUCCUCAGUAUUAAAUCUCAGAGGCAUGAUGGAGUCCUGGCCAGCCCUUCUGGGGCCCAUCCUCACAUGGGACAUCUCCCAAAGGGACGAUCAAACGAGACAGACUUGACUCAUGGAUUAGGCCAUUUGCGAUCGCCCAGUGGGAACAUGGAUAACUACGAAGAGAGGCACAUAGGACAUAGAGAUGUUCCAGAAGACAUGGUUUUAGGUGGAGGCCCAGAACCCCUUCAGCAAGCUCACAGAAACAGCGUCACUGAAGACUUUGUCAGAGACCGCAGAUCCCCCAGCAAACCCGACUACCCUUAUAAGAAAUCAGCACUUUAACCCCGGUUAAGUACCAAGAGGUUGAGUUCAGAAACGGCAAAAAGGGAUGAAUGGCUAUCCAUCACUGUGGAAAGCAAAGCACUAAACGUGUGACUGCAUGCUUGUAUGUGUUUGAGAGGAAAAGGGGGUAAGAGAUGGUUGCUAUUUAUAGAAUCUGUCCUUUUGUCCUACCUCUAUCACAAUGUGCUAUCCAUCACACAGUCAGACAAUAGAACAAGUAAGAGAUGUCAUUAGAAAGUCUGCUGGGUCCUGAUGCUGUAGAGGAAUGCUGGGGUUGUCUGGUAACUUUAAAUAUUAAGGAAGACUCUGGUCACAAAAUUAACGAAGCUCAGUGACGAAGUGAUGAAAGACUCUCCAUGACCCUGACUGAUACUAGCAGCAAUCGGAGAAGAAAAUUGGUCUUCAAAAGGGAGCAAUGGGACACAGUCUGCAGCAAAGUAUUGUUCUAAAUUAUGUGUAAAUACAUCCGGCUGUAUUCUAUUGCUCCUGUUGCAUCCAUUUCCAUUUUUUCCUAUCGCAUUUUUCUUAACACGCUACCUGACUGGUUACUUCCUCAUGUCCCAGAAUCCUUCCUGAGGACGAAAAGGUCAGACUGCGACACAAACCAGCAGCUGGCUCAUGAAGAGGGUCGUCGGAGCUCGUUAUUCUCCGGAAACAGUUAGAUAAUUGCAUCAGGCAUUAAUUAUCACAGCGUCUGUGUUUGUGUGUGCGUGUGGUUGUUUUUAGCAGAGUUUAGUGUGGUCAGGAGGAUCACGGGGAGGGACUUUAUCGCUGUGAUACAUCAGAAAACCGUUAGCGUGGCGUGAUGACUGAUGUUCAGCAACGGCACGGAUUGCUGUUGACUGGUCGAUCUGGCAGCUGGAGCGAGUGCGUGCGCAUGUCUGUGUGCGAGGUGGAAACACGCAGGUGUUCAGACAAUCUCAGUACUGUAUGCUCUCAUCUUCGGUCAGGUCUGUUGGUACAUAUCAGUCUGUGGUCAAUAGCCAGUCCUUAGCACAAAGUGCAGUGGUCGUCAUGUGAAGAGCUCCCUUUUGUUAGUUUAGCAUCAGUUGUUCUAAUCUAAAGCCUUAACAAGAGUAUAUUUUUUUCUUUUGGUUACCUUCAAUAAGUUAAAUACAUUUCAUUGUGUCACAAACCCCCUUUAGCCUGUUGGAUUGUCUUGAUUUUUUUUUUUUUUUUUUUUGUUUUACCACGGCCUCUGCUUUGUUCUUUGCCAUCUUUCGGGAGGCGGAGGACGUGUGCAAACAGUGCUAAUGCCGUUAAAGCAAACUGCUGACAACUGUAGCUCUACGUCUCUUUAAAUCACCUGAUCCAGGUGGCCAUUGAUGUAAAAACUCGCAUUGCACUGCAGGAAACAACUGUAUUAACAGAAGGGAAGAACAAGAAACGGAAUAAAAGGAAAAAGUCGGUGAAGGCUUGCUCAUCUCUUAAAAUGAAAAUUGUAUAUAAUGACUUAAGCUCCACAUGGUUUAUUGAAUUUUUAAUGGUUUCUAAAACAUUUUUAGUGGUCGUCGAAGGUCUGUGUUUUUACUGUAGUGGACAACACUGUGUUUGUGUCUUUGUCGAGAAGUCUCACUAGGAAUGUGUGGUAUAGAACAGAUUGUGUAUCCGAAAUCCAUUUCGUUUGAAUUUGUCAUGCAUCGAGAGCAGCUUGUUCCGUAAUAGGUGACUUGGAUGUCCAAACAUUUCCUCCAUACCUUUUCUAACUUUACAGAAAUAUGCAGAAGAUUUAAAUAUAGUAGCAGAACAAUAUUUUUUCCAUCUAAGUUGCUUAAUUAGGGGGGGAAAAAAUGCAACAUACCAGAUUCCUUUUACUAUUUUUUUUUUUUGCCAGGAAAGUGUCCCAUUAAGUCUUUGUUCUGCUUUUUGCUGUAGGAGUCAGUGCCUUCCCCUGCCUGCGGCUGGGCUUUAUUGGAGAAAUGACUUUGAUGUCUAUGCAAGCUCUUUUACCAGCUUACUAGCCUGCAUCAAGUAGUUCUUUGAAAUCUCAUGUAGCUUUUUUUUUGUGUACAGUGUUAUCUAGCACCUUUUUAAGACUGAAACAUCUAAAAUGUGUGAUUGCUUGUGUUUAUUUGUAACAGGUACCUUGUACUUGUAACAUAGAAAUCAUGUUUGUAGAUAUUAAGUUGCAUUUAGUUUCACUGAAUCUAUUUUUCUACUGUCGCCUCAAAAGGUGCAUAACAGUGGUCAACUUUGGCAUCCUCAAAAUAAACCGUUUGAUAUUAUGAAA